AUGGCGGCCCCGCCGCAUUCCGAAAAGAUUUCGCUGGCCGAGGCGAAGGACCAGCGGAAGCAGGCGGAACUCGACGCCCAGCUGCUGGCUAACCGCAUAGCGCUGCUGCGGCUCGAAGAUGCAAAAGCCAGAAAAAAAGUGGAGCAGCUUAUGCAGAAAACCCGCGCGCUCGACGAAUCCCGUCAGCGGGAAAGAAGGCGGCAAGAAAUGCGGCAGAAGCAACAAGCCGAGAAAGCGCGGCAGAUCCUCGAAAUAAAAAAGGCGAACGCCGCGCAGCGCGAGCGCGACAAAAAGGCCAGAGAUGAGGCUCGCAGGCGGCAAGCAGAAGCCAAAAGGCAAGACGUGCUGCGGGUGAAGCAGGAACACGCGCUUGCUGCUGCACAGAGGCGGCAUUAUGAUGAAGAGCAGCAGGAAUACAACAUGCAGCGCUCGCAGCAAGUUCGCAGAGAGCAGCAGCAAUCUCGCGAGAGAAGACGGCUCGAACAGCAAAAACGCCUCGAAGCAACACACUCCAACUACGACGCCAGAGUAGCUGAAGAGGAACGCAAGCGGCAGGAGUUUGCGGCCAAGGUAGCAGCACUGGAGCGCGAGGAGAUAGAGCUGAUCAACAGGCUGCAGCAAACCCACGCGCAGCAGCGGACUGUUUGCCAAGAGCUAGACGCCGCCCUCAGCGCCACCCCCCGCAGCUACAUCAGCCGCGAGAAAUGGGACUGCAGCUUCGGCUUUGAGGGGCAGCGGCAGCGGCCGCCGGGCUCUGCUUCUCAGCGGCAGCAGCAGCAGCAGCAGCAGCAAAGGAUUUUGAAGAAAGAUUCUUCAAGCUCAGGCUUUUGGCCCUCCAAAACUCCUUCUGCUGCUGCUGCUGAAGAUUAG